AUGCAGUUGAUGGACUGGUUUGGAGAUCAGAUGUGCAACAUGGGUUAUACUACCCAUGGGCAUUGGAACAAUGCUAAAGUAGCCGUGCUCGGAGCAUCUGGGGGCAUUGGGCAGCCCCUUUCCCUCCUCCUGAAGAACAGCCCCCUAGUGAGCCGCCUGACCCUCUACGAUAUUGCUCAUACACCUGGUGUGGCGGCGGAUCUGAGUCACAUCGAGACCAGAGCAAAUGUGAAAGGCUACCUCGGACCUGAGCAGCUGCCAGACUGCCUGAAAGGUUGUGAUGUGGUGGUGAUCCCAGCUGGAGUGCCCAGGAAGCCAGGAAUGACACGAGAUGUUAACUCCACCAUCCCCAUCACAGCUGAAGUUUUUAAGAAGCAUGGAGUGUACAACCCCAACAAGAUCUUCGGUGUGACAACCCUUGACAUCGUCAGAGCGAACACAUUCGUGGCAGAGCUGAAGGGUUUGGAUCCCUCUCGAGUCAAUGUGCCUGUCAUUGGUGGCCACGCUGGGAAGACCAUCAUCCCAUUGAUCUCUCAGUGUACCCCCAAGGUUGACUUUCCCCAAGACCAGCUGACCGCACUCACCGGGAGAAUCCAGGAGGCUGGCACGGAAGUCGUGAAGGCCAAGGCUGGAGCAGGUUCUGCCACUCUGUCCAUGGCUUACGCUGGAGCCCGUUUUGUCUUCUCCCUUGUGGACGCCAUGAAUGGGAAGGAAGGUGUCGUUGAGUGUUCUUUUGUUCAGUCCAAAGAGACAGAGUGCACUUACUUCUCCACACCCUUGCUGUUGGGGAAAAAAGGCCUGGAGAAGAACCUGGGCAUUGGCAAAAUCACUCCUUUUGAGGAGAAGAUGAUUGCCGAGGCCAUCCCUGAGCUAAAAGCCUCCAUCAAGAAAGGCGAGGACUUUGUCAAGAACAUGAAGUGAGAGGUUGAAGCCCCAGGCAGCAGCAUCGCCCUAACUUAUUCCACAUCAUGUCUCUGCAGCCACCAGGGCCUUCGAUUUGCUUUGAUGGUGGGUGUUGUACCGGCAUCGGCAUCUCUCCCCAAUGGUGGCUGGUCUAUUGAUAAUGACAAUAAAGCAGACUGUCUUUUUCACCAUCUC